AUGGAUGAUUUUGAAAAAGACACUGAGGGCGAUCAACUGAUUGCUAAUCUUUCUUUUGACGAAAUAACGGGAAAUUUACCCUCUCAGACCCCUAGGUCUUCAUUAAUGCCAGCUUUUAAAUCUCCAACAAGAGCCGAUUUUCCUGGUUUCCCUUAUCCCAAACCAUAUUCCCAGCAGGUUGAUUUAAUGAGGUUCCUCUAUAGCACCCUUGCCUCUUCAAAAUGUGCUCUUAUUGAAAGUCCUACUGGAACGGGAAAAUCAGCCACUUUGUUGACUGGUUCUUUACACUGGCUUCUUGAUCAUAAUAAAGCUGUCGGAGAAUAUAUAACUGCUCUUCGAAACUACUUACAGAAUGAAAAUACUCGGCUAAGUGAAGAGUCCGAUUGGGUAGCAGCACAUUCACGUAAAAGAAAAUUACGUCUUCAAGUUGACAAGGAGUUAGAACCCUUAGAAACCACUCAGAAGGCCUUGGAUCAAGCUUCUGAGAUAAUUAAACGUACAGAAGAUGUUAAGUUACUAUCAAAAAUGUCUAGAAGUGGCGAAUUGCUUAAUAAUAUUUCUCGUGACCCAUUUUCUUCAAUUGAUGCCAAUUGGGCCAAGUCAGAUGAUGAUUGCUUCUUGCCUUCUGAAUCUGGGAAGAGUGCUCUCUCAGAAGAACUUCCCAUCGAAAGGGAUCGAGUAUUUCAGAUAAUCUACUCCAGUCGAACGCAUUCUCAGCUCUCCCAAGUUGUAGAGGAGGUUUACAAAUUAAAAGACGUACUUUCUGAUCAUAUAACCUUGGUCACUCUCGCAUCUCGUCAACAUCUCUGUGUAAAUAAAAAGGUCUAUGAGUUGAAAAACCAACAAUUUAUUCGAGAAGCUUGUCUAGAUUUAGCUUCAAAACGUCCUGGUUGUAAAUUUCGUUGUAAAGAGGAUGUAAACGAACUCUCUGAUUAUCUUUUAGGAGCUCGAAUUUCUUCGGUUGAUGCUGCGAUUAGGAUUCGAGAUAACCUCGAAGGGGCAGAUAUUGAGGAUCUUCCGAUUCGAGCUUGUCCUUAUUAUGCAAAUAAGCGAGGUCUUCCUUUAGCUCAACUCGUUUUAGCUCCAUAUCAAACAGUGAUAGUUCCUGGACAAAGAGAAGCCAUUGGACUGCGUCUUCAGGACAGUGUAUUAAUAAUCGAUGAAGCACAUAAUCUUCUUGAAGCUUUGGCUGAGGCCUUUUCUGCCACUAUUACCUAUAACGACUUGGUUUUAACAGAACGUCUUACGAUUGCAUUUUUGGAAUACUAUCGAUCUCGUCUAUCGUCAUUGUCUGCAUUGAGGCUACGGCAGUUGAAUCUGAUCAUUGGAGGAUUUAAGAACCUAUUGGAUGGUAAAAUUGCCCUUGGAUGCCAACGUCAGAAAGAUUCAGAGAAUAGGGAACCCAUAGGCGGCAAUGUGGUUUAUAAGUUGGGAGACUUCCUAUUUGCUGCAGGACUGGAUCAUAUCAAUUUGAGUUAUGUUGUAGAUUAUCUACGAAGCGAUCGGUGUGUUCACAAGUUAGCGGGAUUUGGCAAGUGGUUUGGUGGAAAGAGAAAGAGAUUGGAGAAGGAGAAAGAUGAAUCAGAGGAACCUAAAUCUGUUGGAACUGGACUCAGUUUUUCGGCUUGUUUAAAACAGUUGAAGAGACCUCCCUCAUCCUCAGAGUCACAGUUGAUGCCCAAGCCUUCUAAACGAGCGAAAACUGAAGACAGUCAAGCAGUAAGUUCAGCAGUUAAAAAGUUGACUUUAAUUUCUUGUUGUAUCCCUGUGUAA